AUGAAGGCUGUCAACGAAGAAAAAAUCGCAAUAUAUAACGGGGAAGAUAUUAAAUACUUUGUCUUUCCAGAUAAAUUUGAUCAUACCUAAAGUGGAGUUCCUGGAAAUCCCUGUUAUAAUUUUAGAUUUAGGAUUUUCGUGUUCUUUUCAUAUAUAGUCCUUACAUAACUUUUUUAGCUUUUUUGCACUCCAACAGAAAAGAUUACAGGAGUUUGGGAUAUUGGGCACUAAAUUACAACACCAAUCAACAAUUUGUAUAAAGAGCAUCGAUGGUUUUCUAUUGCAUUGUAGUUACUGUCAGCAAUUAUCUUAGAUGUAGCUUACCUUUAUAUUUCACUUUAUUGGGUUCUCUACCAAAGAAAUUUUAGAUUAUUCGCUGCUCUAAUUAUCUUUUAUGUGGUGAGAGCCAUUCAUCUAAAUCUUGUUAAGUUGGAAUUCCCAUAAAAUUACUACUGGGAGGACCCCAGCGUUCCAAGUUUGGUUGUAAAAUAUGGAUUUUUCUCUGAUUUCUUUUAUUCUGGUCAUGUUGGAUACUUGAUUAUCUGUGGACUAGAGAUGAGAAAGAUAGGAAAAAAAUACGUGUCAGCAUUAUUCUUUAUAUGCUCUUUAUAUUAAGCUUUUGUUGUAAUAACAUUUGCAAUUCAUUACACAAUUGAUGUAACAACGGGAUGCAUAUUUGCCCACUACUUUUAUAAUUAAGUUUGCUAUUGGGAAGUUAAGAUAGAUUUUUUCCUAAAAAUGAUCGCUAACUUAUUUGUUCGCACUCCAAAAUAACCUAAUAACAAAUAUGAAGUUCAAGGUGAUAAAUAGAUAGGAGUGAUAACUGCGUGAGAAUAGUCAAUUUUUAUUAUAUAUAUUUCAUUCAUUUAGAGUAUAAAUUAUUAUGGAUGCA